AUGGUGUAUGACGAAACCUCGGGCGAGCUGCGUGAAUCCCAUCUCGAUUUGAACAACUGUCUCGUGAUCCAAGCAUCUACACAUGGAUUAGGUUUGCACGCGCAAGAGUCGCCUGAGGACUUGAAGUCCCCCAAUCUUGAUCAUAUCACUGAGAUAAAUCUGAGCAAAACACUUUCCAACGCUGAAGGUCGGUACUCCAUCAUUGAUGGCACCGCAGUCUUUCGCUACGAGCGGACGGCAUCAAACUUCUUGGAUAGUGACGAUGAUAUGAGAGUCGAUUUGAAUCAGCACUUGUGGAAGACACCUUCGGGACAUUUCGAUUUCGUGCAUCCUGCAUACCAUGACGAUCCCCCAAGGUGGCUACAAUUGUUUUCGGGACUGGAUGGUGCUCUUGGGAUGGCUGCGGGGCGAAAUGGAUUCGAAACCGCAGUUGAUCUUGCAGUCAAAGAAGUCAAUGAUAGCUUCAAUAGCAGGGAUGACAAGGAUCGAGUGAAACAAUGGAUGAAGAAUACUUAUGUCUACGAGGGGAGAUUGAUUAGGCAUGGUACAUAACACAAGUUGGCGUUGGAUUUUUGUAGCCAACAGGUCGCUAGGA